AUGCUUCACCCUAUACUGUCAUUUCUGUUAGCUUUAACAUUCUUCUGGAGUGCCAACGCAGACGUAGCAAGAGAUGGAACCAUCCAGCUGGUUCCUCUGUCGAGUCACGACCUCGGGUUAUCCCGCAGAUCCGUGCCUGACUUUGCACUUCAACAACAAUUGAGUCUCAUCUUUGGACCUAGCGCGAAGGACACAUCCAUCCUCGUCAAUGUGACGCUGGAGACAGGCAAUGAAGAACUGAUUAUCUCUACGGACCAUUUCGGAAAUGCACUCAAGUCUACUACUUGCGAGCCCUCGCUUGCCUUGGAGUUUAUCUCGAAUGAGGAAUACAACAUCGCCGUCGACAAAUGGGAAUGGGUCAAUUUCAAUGCCAACCGAACCUUCAUCAUGCUUGUCGAUGACUGUCCAGGAAAACCAGGGACCAAUCCUUGGAUUGUCAACAAUGCCACCUACAACGAGCCCGGCCUAAUGGUCAGUUUCAACGCUGCCCAAACCACAUGGGAAUCCCUUACCACCAUGUUUACGUUUGACUGGGGUAGUGAUGUUACAUCCAACGUGCUUGCUCGUCGCGCCUUUGGUAUUGAUGAUAUCAUCGAGACAGUAGUGGAUGGCGGAAAAGCUGCGAAAGAGGCAGCCGAAAAGGCCGCAAAGGAGGUGGAAGAAAAAGCAAAGGAGGCGGCAGAAAAAACAAAGCAAGAGGCAGAGCGAGCUGCCAAGCUGGCUGAGAAGAAAGCUAAAGAACUUGCCGCCAACACAAUCAACGUGGAACCCAAAGUGGCAUCAUUCCCGUUGGAUUUGACAAUCAAUAAAACCGUAUUGCAGCACCAGUCGUCCUCGGGCCUCUCUAUCGACCUUGCUUGCAUAGACUGCAAAACUUUCGGUACGUUAAAGAUAGGGGGCCAUGUCAAAGGGACCAUGAUACCGCCGAAGGUCGAUGAAUUCUGGAUGAGUGUAGAGCCUUCCGGUGUGGGUAUUGACAUGAAACUUGCAAUGACCAUCGAGGGCUCUGGAGACUUGAACCGUGACAUGCGUUUCGGGGAACUCACCAUACCUGCCUUUGCCAUUUUCCAACAUAUCAUCUCCUUUGGACCCAAGAUGAUACUCUCGGGAUCUAUUGCUCUUAAAGAUGCCGAGGCUGACGGGACUUCUAUUAUCACCACCGGUGUAAAAGCCGCACUGCCCAAAGACGCAAGCGCGAGAGUCGAUUUCACUGGGAAAUCCGGUACUGGUGCGGGAAACUGGAAACCCGUCAUGGAGACCAAACCUAUGACCAUCAGCUCUGGUAUCGAUGCUUCCUUCGAAAUAUACACAAAGAUUGCAAUCUCCGUUGAAGCAGAAUUCUUCGGAAGUGCUUAUGGAAUGGACGUUGGUGUUCAUGUUCCAAGUAUCAAGAUAAAUGCUACGUCUGAGGAGGAUGAAGAGGGGGUGUGUAUGGAGAACCCCAAGACUAAAGGUGUUACUGUCACCGGGGGUAUGGACGCGGAUGUGAAAAUGACAGGAUACUACGGCAGAAUUAUAGACCACCAAGAGUUCUUUAAUAAACAAUUGUAUACGAAGGCAAGCCUUGUUAAAUUCGAAGAGAAGUGUUAUUCUUUUGGCGACGAAGUUGGAGCUGUCGAUGAAGAUGUUGAAGACGAAGACGAAGAAGCCGAAGAUGAGGAGGCUGAAGACGAAGAGGUUGAAGACGAAGAGGUUGAAGACGAAGAAGUUGAAGACGAAGAGGUUGAAGACGAAGAAGUCGAAGACGAAGAGAUUGAAGAUAAGGAGGCUGAAGACGAAGACGAAGAACCUGAAGACGAGGAUAUUGAGGAUGAGGAUGUAGUUGAAGACGGAGAGGAGGUUGUUGAAGACGAGGAAGUUGAGGACGAGGUUGAGGAGGAGGAGGUUGCUGAGCAAGACGAGGUUGAAGACAAGGAGGAAGUUGAGGACGAGGAGGUUGAAGACGAGGAGGUUGAGGACGAAGAGGUUGAAGACGACGAAGUUGAAGAUGAAGAGGUUGAAGAUGAGGAGGUUGAAGAUGAGGAGGUUGAAGAUGAGGAGGUUGAAGAUGAGGAGGUUGGAGAUGAGGAGGUUGAGGAGGAGGUUGAGGAUGAGGAGGUUGAGGAUGAGGAGGUUGGGGAUGAGGAGGUUGAAGACGAGGAGGAGGUUGAGGACGAGGAGGAGGUUGAGGACGAGGAGGUUGAGGGUGAGGAGAUUGAGGACGAGGUUGAGGAGGAGGAGGUUUCUGAGCAAGACGAGGUUGAAGACGAGGAGGAGGUUGAGGAUGAGGAGGUUGAAGAUGAGGAGGUUGAGGAGGAGGUUGAGGAUGAGGAGGUUGAGGAUGAGGAGGUUGAACACGAGGAGGAGGUUGAAGAUGAGGCGGAGGUUGCUGAGGAAGACGAGGUUGAAGAGGACGAGGAGGUUGAGGACGAGGAGGUUGAAGAGGAGGCUACUACAACAACAACCACUAAACAUGCUACGAAGACAGUCACAGUAACAGAAGCUUCGAUGACAGCUAAAGCAACAGAAGCUUCGAAGACAAAAUCGGCAGCGCCAGAACUAUCCGAUGACACGGAGUCUACGGAGGACGAUGAGGUUGAAGACGAGGAAGCUGAAGACGAAGAUGUUGAAGAGGAUGCUACAACAACAAGUAACAAACAACCUACGGAAACAGCCAAAGCAACAGAAGCUUCAAAGACAACAUCAGCAGCGCCAAAACCAUCCAAUGGAACGGAGCCUAUACCUAAUGAGGACGAAGAAGACGUCGAGGACGACAAUGAUUCUGAGGACGCUAAAACAACCGAUAACGAACAACCUACGAAAACAGCUGAAGCAACGCAAGCUUCAACAACAAAAUCAGUAGCGCCAAAACCAUCCAAUGGCACGGAGCCUACAGCUAACGAGGACGUCGAGGAUGUCGAGGAGGAUUCUGAGACGGUGGAAAAGAGACGCCGGGCCCUCCUGAGCCGUAUUAGCAGCCGUCAUGUUAGAAAAUCCUGGUUUGGAUUUUAG